AUGAGUACAACAAUCCAACCUUUAGCCAUACCACAACAAUUGCCAAACGGUAGAAGUGGUCCAAUUACUGAGGUUGUUGAUAGAGAUUUGGAAAUAUCUGUGAUAAAAACUGUAGGAGUCUACAUUUAUAGUACAUUAAUUACACCAGAAAGUAUUCUUUCCAUGAU